AUGCGCACGCCGCCGCCGCCGCGGCGGCGAACUCCUCGCCGCAUCCAGAUGAUCCCGCUGCCGUGGCACGGCGGCGCGCGGGCGUGGCUGUCCAAGCUCUUCCCGCGCUACGGCCACUACUGCGGGCCCAACUGGUCCAGCGGCAAGGAGGCCGGCUCCGUGCUCUGGGACCGCCGCCCCGUCGACCACCUCGACUUCUGCUGCUACUGCCACGACAUGGCCUACGACACCCACGACCAGGCCCAGCUCCUCCGCGCCGACCUCGCCUUCCUCCGCUGCCUCGAGGGCAGCCGCCAGACCCCCGCACGCGACGGCAUCGCCGCCGCCGUCAUCUACCGCGCCAUGUGCAUCUUCGGACUGAAGACGAUCCUGAUCCCGUACCGGACCAACCUCGUGCGGCUGCAGACCGGGCCGAAUUACGCCGAUUUCUUCGCCGAUUUCGUGAAGAGGGUCGCGUCGUCGUCGGGCAGGCCGACCAGCGGCGAGAAGCAGAGAUUGUGA